AGCUAUUUGCUUUGCUCCAGACAGGGCCACGGGAGGCCUGCGCCCGACAAGGCCUGCACGUUCUGGCUGCGCCAUGGCGUCGUUGAUGGUGCAAAUGGAGGCCUAUGCCUUCAGGGAGCUGGUGGCCCAUCUGCAGUGGCGGAAGGACGUCCAGAACAUUGACCUGAUGAACCUUGCUGGCUUUUGCAGGAACUGCCUCUCGAAGUGGUACCAUGCAGCAUCCAAGGUCCAUGGUGUGCCGAUGGAGUACGAGGAGGCCUGCGAGCGGAUCUAUGGGGAGCCUUAUGGCGAGUGGAAGAAGAAACAUCAAAAGAAGGCCGGUGAGGAGCAGCUUGCGGCCUUUGAGUCGGGCAAGGAUCUCCACGCAAGGACGGAGCCCAAAGGCCUCCUUUCAGGCGGCAACCACGAGCCGGGUGGUCAGCCGGGCCACUCGAAUGUUUGCGGCCAAAGCUGUGAUGCACCACCCCCCACGGUCUCCGCACACGUGGCUGGAGCUUCCACUGCCGCACGCGUGGCCGUGCUAACGGCAUCCGACCGUGCAGCGGGCGGGGUCUAUGAGGACAAGUCUGGCCCUGCUGUGGUGGAGAUGGUGAAGGCCUUUGCCGAGCAGCAUGGGACAUUGAAACCAAGUUUCCUUGAACUGAAAGUGGUGCCGGAUGACGAAGAAACGAUUUUCACUGCUUUGAAUCUCGUUCCACAGCUUGCUCGAUGGCUGUGUGCAAUCGCUGCAGAUCUAACAGGGUCCGUUCAAAGGGUCGUGAAUUGUGACAUUGAGGGGGCGAAGACAAUGGGAGUACUACAAGGUUCACUUGCUAGCAACUAUAAUUCAAACCAGUUGAUCGAUGUUGAUCUAAUUGCUCCAUUUUGUUCGCAUGUGUUUGUUUCAACCAUUUUUUACACCCUCUUGCAGUUCCAAGGAGUUCCUGGAGCAAUUCCGGCAGCUGCGACGUGGUGCUCACCACCGGCGGCACUGGCUUCGGCCCGCGCGAUGUCACGCCGGAGGCCACGCGGCGGCUGCUGGCGAAGCCGGCAGAGAACUUGAGCAGGGCGAUGGCCUGGCAGACCUCCUUGCAGGAGCCUCGCAGCAUUCUGUCGCGUGGUGUCUGUGGACUCACCAAGGACAAGGUCUUAAUCGUGAACCUUCCUGGGCACCCGAACGCCGUCCGGCAGUGCCUUGCGGUGCUCCUGCCAGUGCUGCCACACCUACUGAGAAUGGCAAGUGGAUGAGUUGUUGGCUGCAGAAAAUGGGCCACUGAGACCAGUUGUUGGGCUAAUGCUGCG